AUGCUGACGAUGAGUGCUGACAGGUGGAUUUUCCUCUUCGCCCUGUGCUUUAUUUCUGUCUCUUCAAAUGACGAAGAAGACCUGUUCUCUAACAACGCUUGUGAGGACUAUUUGGAUGAAUGUGAGACGCACACACUCGUCGCUCCACUUCGCUCCUCUGUGCUUCUCCCAUGCAACUUUGCAACUCGUAGCCCUGACUCGGUGUCAUGGGCACACACUCCUGGGACGUAUCUGAUCCAUCUCACAUCUGAAGGUCGUAUUGAGUUCCUGGACCACAGGUACGGUCGGGUGAAAGCCUUUCCAAACCAGGGCUCAGAGGGGAACUUCUCCAUCUGCAUCGAUGAGCUUAAGGACUCUGACCUGGGGUGUUAUCGCUGUCUUGGGGGACCCAACUGUCUUCAAGUGAAGUUGAUCGCUGGAGAAGGUGCUCUGAGCGGAGAGACGAGGCUACUGAUUUACAUCUGUGUCGGUGUGGCUGCCUUCAUCCUGCUGAGCGCUGCUGGCUACUGCUGCAUGAAGUGCAUAUUGUGCUAUAAAAACAAAACAGAGGACAAUGCAAUCAUUGAAGGUCCUGAAGGUGCAGCUCCUGGGGGUGUCAGUGGUCCAGCUGAGGAACCAGGCAGAGCUCCAGUGGAUCAACAGCACAGAGGAGCCGGCAAUGAUGAGCUUGUUUAUGGUGCGUUCACACGGCUCUUCUUCUUUCAGAGGCUGUAG